CCAGGAUGUGUCCAGGGGGUCCAUCUGGGAUCUGGGAUCCAUUUGGGGACUCCGGAAUCUGUCCAGGGGAUCCAUUUGGAGUCCAGGGGAUCAAUUUGGGGUCCAGGACGUGUCCAUGGGUCCACGGAGUUCCAGGAUCCAUCCAGAGGAUCCAUUUGGGGUCCAGGAUCCACCCAGGGGAUCCAUCUGGGGUCCAGGAUCCAUCCAGGGGAUCCAUUUGGGGUCCAGGAUCCAUCCAGGGGAUCCAUGAUCUGUCUGGGGGCCCAGAGGGGUCCGAGAUCUGUGCAGGGGAUCCAUUUGGGAUCCAGGAUCAAUCUGGGGGUCCAGGAUUUGUUCGGGGGGUCCAUUUGAGAUCUGGGAUCCAUUCAAGUGGUCCAGACCCAUUUGGGGUCCAGGAUCCAUCCAGGGGAUCCAGGGGGAUCCGGGAUCCAUCCAGGGGGUCCAUCUGGGGUCCGGGAUCUGUCCGGGGGAUCCAUUUGGGAUCCAGGAUCCAUCUGGAGGUUUGGGAUCCACUCAGGGGCUCCGGUAUCCCUCCGAGGGGCCCAGGGGGAUCCGGGAUCCAUCCAGGGGGUCCAGGAUCCAUCCAGGGAAUCCAGAGAGCUCUGGAAUCAAUCUGGGGGGCUCUGGGAUCCAUCCAGGAGGGGUUCAGAGUCCGGGAUCCACUUGGGGAUCUGGGAUCCAUCCAGAGGGGUCUGGGAUCCAUUUGGGAGGAGUCCAGAGGGAUCUGGGACCCACCCUGCGAGUCCAGAGGGGUCCAGGGUCCAUCUGAACAGUCUGGGAUCCAUUUGGGGAUCUGGGAUCCACCCAGGGAGUCCAGGGGGGUCCGGGAUCCAUCCAGAGAGCCCAGGAUCCAUUUGAGGGGGGUCCAGGGGGAUCUGGGACCCAUCCAGAAGACCCAGAGGGAUCUUGGAUCCAUUUGGGGGGGGGGUCCAGGGAGAUCCAGGAUCUGUCUGGUGUGA